AUGUCUUCCAGGUGGCUCCUUCUCUGUCAUGCCCUGUGCUUCUCCCUGAUGAAAGCUUCAGCCCACACUGUGGAGCUAAAUGAUAUGUUCGGCCAGAUCCAGUCACCUGGCUAUCCUGACUCCUAUCCAAGUGACUCAGAGGUGACAUGGAAUAUCACGGUGCCAGAAGGCUUUCGUAUCAAACUUUACUUCAUGCACUUCAACUUGGAAUCCUCCUACCUUUGUGAAUAUGACUAUGUGAAGGUAGAAACUGAAGAUCAGGUGCUGGCGACAUUCUGUGGCAGGGAGACCACAGACACAGAGCAGACCCCUGGCCAGGAAGUGGUCCUUUCCCCUGGCUCUUUCAUGUCCAUCACUUUCCGGUCAGAUUUCUCCAAUGAGGAACGAUUCACGGGGUUCGAUGCCCAUUACAUGGCUGUGGAUGUGGAUGAAUGCAAGGAUCGAGAGGACGAAGAGCUGUCCUGUGACCACUAUUGCCACAACUACAUCGGCGGCUACUACUGCUCCUGCCGUUUCGGCUACAUCCUGCACACAGACAACAGAACCUGUCGAGUGGAGUGCAGCGACAACCUUUUCACCCAGAGGACCGGUGUCAUUACCAGCCCUGAUUAUCCCAACCCUUAUCCCAAGAGCUCUGAAUGCUUCUACGCCAUCGAGUUAGAGGAGGGUUUCAUGAUCAGCCUGCAGUUUGAAGAUCUUUUCGAUAUUGAAGACCAUCCUGAGGUGCCUUGCCCCUAUGAUUACAUCAAGAUUAAAGUGGGUGAAAAUGUCUGGGGACCCUACUGUGGAGAGAAAGCCCCAGAAGCCAUCAGCACACAGAGCCACAGUGUCCAGAUUCUGUUCCGCAGUGACAACUCAGGAGAGAACCGGGGCUGGAAGCUCUCAUACAGAGCUGCAGGAAACGAGUGCUCAGAACUACAGCCUCCCAUCCAGGGGAAAAUUGAGCCCUUGCAAACCACGUAUUUCUUCAAAGACCAAGUGCUCAUCAGCUGUGACACAGGCUACAAAGUGCUGAAGGAUGACAUGGAGAUGGAUACUUUUCAGAUUGAGUGUCUGAAGGACGGGACAUGGAGUAACAAGAUUCCUGUCUGCAAAAUGGUAGACUGUGGAGUCCCAGCAGAACUGGAGCAUGGGCUAAUCACCUUCUUCACAAGUAACAACCUUACUACAUACAAAUCUGAUAUCAGAUACACCUGCCAGGAGCCCUAUUACAAGAUGCUGCAGAAUAUCACAGGUGUGUAUACCUGCUCAGCCCAAGGCAUCUGGAUAAAUGAAGCGCUGGGGAAAAGGCUGCCCACUUGCCUUCCAGUGUGUGGUCUUCCCAAGUUCUCCCGGACACUGAUGGCCAGGAUCUUUAAUGGACGCCCAGCUCAGAAGGGUACAACACCCUGGGUCGCCAUGCUGUCACAUGUGAAUGAACAGCCCUUCUGUGUGGGCUCCCUGCUAGGCUCCAGCUGGAUUGUGACAGCCGCUCACUGCCUCCACCAGCCACUUGAUCCAGAUGACCCAACCUUGCACAACACAGACCUGAUCAGCCCUUCAGACUUCAAAAUCAUCAUGGGCAAGCACUGGAGGCUCCGGUCAGAUGAAAACGAACAGCAACUCAAGGUCAAACGCAUCAUCCUCCAUCCCCACUAUAAACCCAAUACGUUUGAGAAUGAUGUGGCUCUAGUGGAGCUACUGGAGAGCCCGACGCUGAAUGACUUUGUGAUGCCCAUAUGUCUGCCUGAGGAGCCCCAGCAGGAAGGAGAAAUGGUCCUCGUCAGUGGCUGGGGGAAGCAGUUCUUGCAAAGGUUCCCGGAGACCCUGAUGGAGGUUGAAAUCCCAAUCGUCAACCACCACAUCUGCCAAGAAGCCUAUGCCCAGAUAAAUAAGAAGGUGACCAGGGACAUGAUCUGUGCAGGGGAGAAGGAAGGGGGAAAGGAUGCCUGUACAGGUGACUCUGGAGGCCCCAUGGUGACCUUGGAUAAAGAAAAAGGCCAGUGGUACCUGGUGGGCACGGUGUCCUGGGGUGAGGGCUGUGGGAAGAAGGAUCGUUAUGGAGUGUAUUCCUACAUCUACCACAACAAGGGCUGGAUCCAGAAGGUCACACGUGUGAGAAAUUGA